AUGAAUACUGACAAAGCAAAGAUUGAUAAAGAAACAGACGAAAGUAAUGAUGUAGAUGAUGAUACCGCUUUGCAAGAUAUGAAUCCGGACUCUGAGGAGCCCCAGAAGACUAACGACAUACAAGAGCCUGACGAGACUGAAGAGCAUCAUGAGAUUCAGAAGCCUCACGGGACUCAGCAGUCUCACGAGACUCAUGAGCUUCGCGUGACCCAGGAGCCCAACGAGUCUCAGCAGACUCCAAAGACUCGGAUUAGAGUCAGUAACAAGGAAAGAAAACCCCCUCAGAUGACUCAUAGUAUCCCGAACAAAAAACGUGCAGUUGAAAAAUUGGAUGCUGCUUUCGAAAUUCUAACAAAGGCAUCGAAUAAGGAACCACCGCAGGAUCCAAGCGAAUGUCAAAUAUUUGGAAAUCUUGUAGCCAAGAAACUUAGUAAAUAUUCGAACGUAGCACAAACGGCAGUACAAGAAGCCAUCAUGAAUAUUUUAUUUGCGGCAGACAAGGGGUAUUAUAAUCAAUAUCCCGCUCCAAGAGGUUAUCAAUCAAACAAUUAUUCCACAAUCCAAAGCGAACUUGUACAACGUGAUUCGGUUUACCAAGAUACUCAGUUGAUACAAUCCCCAUAUUCACCCCGUCCCGCAGCUCAUUGGGAUUUUGCAACUGACGCAUCAUCCCAAGCGCCUCAGUUUUCACCGGUACCACUGCCACUAAUAUCUCCAGCAUCAGCAAGUUCACAAUGCUCGGAUAAGAGUGCUGAUCAAGAAAGCUGCGAUGUUGCUAACAAAAAUAUAAUCUGUCUUGCAAACUGGUAUGUCGUGAACAAUGAAUGUGAGUUAGAAUCAAGUGAAGAUCAGACAAAUUUGAAAAUGGAAAACUAUAAUUUAACAAUGACUGAACCCAACUGGGAAGAUGAAAAAUACAAAAUUGAACAAUCGACCUUACAAAAAAUAAAAGAACAUUUUGCUGUCAAAGCUAAAAACCAACCAAGCAAACGUAAGCAAUAUUCUCAAAAAAUUGAACAUAAAAGCAAAGAAUAUAAACGUAAAUUAUGCAAACAGAAAAAAAAAAAAACACGUGAUCUUUCAAGUGAAGAAGACAGUUUAUCUGUUUAUCCAUUGCACGAUAGCGAGUCAGACUAUGACAUUCAAGACAUUUUAGGAGAAGAGGAAAUGAAAGUGCAAGAGCAAAGAGGGAAAGAAAUGUAG